AUGGUGAGGAGGUGCGCUCACCAUGACAACACUGAUGCCGGCAGACGCAAGAUACCUGCUUUUCUAGGAACAUCCCCAAUAUCUAAUGUGCGUGCAGGCCAGGGGCCAUCGGCUAUCUGCUCCGUUGACCACCGCCCCCGCUCGGUAGUCCUGAUGUGCAGAGGCGCGAGCCCCAUGUCCUGGUCAUCUCUACCCUGGCCAAGAACUGUCACAGCAUGUUCGGGUGGCUGGAAGCCCGGCCUGACAUCAGUCUCUCGUUACAAAACAAUUGCUGAAGAACUUUAA